UUUCUCAGGGGGACUUUUUAUGCACAGGAGGUGGAGAGGAGAGGGAAGUUUCACAGCUUACAGUUCAUUUCUCUUUUAACCUCCUAUAAAGGUGGGCCUUUAAUACAAUUUUUGGAUGUUCGCAAACAUGGUGUCCAAGCUGACAUCUUUGCAACAGGAGCUUUUAAACGCCCUGUUAGACUCAGGAGUUACCCGAGAUGUAUUGAUCCAGGCGCUGGACGACAUGGAGCCGAGCCCGGCAAGUUAUGGAGUUAAGCUGGAGAAUCUACACAUGUCUCCAUCAGCCAAAACAAACGGCAGCGAGGUGGAGGCCAAGCCGGUUUUUCAGACGUUGACUAACGGGCACAGUAAAGGGAAACUUUCGGGGGACGAAGGCUCGGAAGACGGAGAUGAUUACGAUACGCCGCCGAUCCUGAAGGAGCUGCAGUCUCUCAACACAGAGGAAGCGGCGGAGCAGCGCGCAGAGGUGGACCGCAUGCUGGCAGAGGACCCGUGGCGUGCCGCGCGCAUGAUCAAGGCCUACAUGCAGCAGCACAACAUUCCGCAGCGCGAGGUGGUUGACGUCACCGGCCUCAACCAAUCACAUCUUUCUCAGCACCUGAACAAGGGCACACCAAUGAAGACACAGAAGCGCGCGGCCCUUUACACCUGGUACGUCAGGAAGCAGCGCGAGAUUCUGCGACAGUUCAACCAAGCAACACAAGGGUCUGGCAGUAUUAUGACAGACAAAGGCAGUCAGGAUCAGGUGCUCCUUCUUUUCCCAGAGUUCAGUCAGCCUGGACCAGGUAUGGCACAGCCUGAAGUUGAUGCUGGCACUGAACCUUCCCUCAAGAAACUUAGACGCAACCGGUUUAAGUGGGGUCCGGCAUCACAGCAAAUCCUCUACCAGGCAUAUGAACGACAGAAGAACCCAAGCAAAGAAGAGCGAGAGGCUCUGGUAGAUGAAUGCAAUCGGGCAGAGUGUCUCCAGAGAGGUGUGUCACCAUCUAAAGCCCAAGGGCUUGGUACUAAUUUGGUCACAGAGGUGCGUGUUUACAACUGGUUUGCCAAUCGGCGCAAGGAAGAAGCCUUCAGGCAGAAACUGGCUAUGGAUGCUUAUGGAGGACAAAGUAUCAAUCCCCUCCUCACACAUAACUCCCCACAUCAUUCACAGGCCAGCACUUCUCCACCCAGCAAGAUGCAAGGUGUCAGGUACAACCAGGGUCCCAGUGAAGUCAGCUCCUCCAGCACUAUCAAUCAUCACAGCAUGACGAGCAGCCAGUCUGUAUUGCAGCAGGUCUCUCCCGGAGCACUGGACCCCAGCCAUGGCCUGCUGUCACCUGACGCCAAGAUGAUCUCAGUAUCAGGUGGAGGACUUCCUCCAGUUAGCACCUUGACCAACAUCCACAGCUCUCACCAUGCCCACCAGCAAACACAGAACCUCAUUAUGCCCAUCUCUGGGGUCAUGGCCAUUGCACAGGGUCCGAGCACUUCGCAGGCACAGACAGUGCCAGUAAUCAACAGUGUGACAGGAAGCCUGGCCACCCUACAGCCCGUGCAGUUCUCACAGCAGCUGCAUAGCUCUCACCAACAGAGCCUCAUGCAACAGUCCCACAGCCACAUGAGCCAACAGCCCUUCAUGGCCACCGUUACACACUCACAUAUGUAUCCACACAAGCAGGAGCCACCACAGUAUUCUCACCCGUCACGCUUUCCCUCCGCCAUGGUAGUGACAGACAACCUCAGCUCAAUGUCUUCCACUAAACAGGAUGUUCCUGUAAACAAGAUGGUGCAACUGGGGGGUCUCAACUGGUGUCCUCUGCAAGCCUGGUGAGCAUAUCCACCUGACUUCCUCAAUGCCUAGCAACAGGAAGACAUUUCUCCGGCUCUCUCCCCACUGUAUCUGUGGCAACUCCUAAUCACUAGCAACAGUGCACUGGAAGAUGAGCUGGUCACUAAUGUAGGGACUGAAAAAAAGGUGUGCUGUCUGAAAGGAGACUCUGGCUUGAUCUGAUCUUACCAUGGAGAGACAGGAGGAUCACCUGGAAAUGACUACAGUGAAUCAAGCCUUUAGUAACAGUGUUUUGCCUCCCACCAUGGAAAAAGAGAGGAUGAUUCUGGCAUGCUUGAGCAACAAAUGGGAAUGAUGUGCAGUGAUGAUAAUAAACUGGUCAGAUUUUGUAGACACACCGGGUUACCAAAUGCCAAAGGAUAUCCAGUGAUCCAUUUCUGACCAAGCAGACUCUUCAAUGGACUCCUAGGAGGUUUCAUCUCAUUUAAUCCUGUCCCUGGACUGCCAUUCUGUAUUGUGUCUCUUUUACUAGCGAGCUCAUUUUGACAUACAGUAGAUGUUAUUUAAUCAGGUUCUAAAUGAAAUGACAAUCAGCGUAUCUUAUCUUUAACAUAUUGGUCUUUUUUGGGGUAGAACAACACAUUAUGGACUGUGUUGGAUUUUUCUGCGUCUACAAUGCAGCGGGUCUUCCAUUUGUGUGGUUAAUAUGAGAAGUCACUGAUCUGUACAGUUGUAAAUAUAAAUGAUAAUUAUGUUAUGUUUUAAAAGAUGUACAUAUUUCGGGUUUAGUUUUUUCCCACCAAACUGUGAUUUCGAAAUGACAAUCUUUAGAACAGAAAGGACUAUGCAAUGUACUGAAAGGUACAAAACACAAAAAGUUGUGGGAUUAGUUCAUUUUUUGCAGGUUUGAAAACCUUUUCACCAGUAAAAAAAAAAAAAACAAGAAGACAAUAGCUUGGCAAAACCAAGCUGCAGAUAUUGCACACUUUUCCUUUUUUCCAUUUUGCCAUUUGAGAAUGAUAACAUGAAAAUAAAACCAUAAUGUAAUGCUAUUAUUCUGUAAAAAUAAAUAUUAGUGAUGGUCUCACAGGCAGGUUAUUAACUAUCAGGUUUAUUGGUUAUUAAGUAGACUUUAUGUAUAAGAAUGGUCAUUGAGAGGCUGAUAAUCUCUCCUAAGAGUCAGAUGAUUGAGUGUCAUCAGGCCAGUUUCACCGGGACAAACAGUAUUACCCUCUUAUGCAACACUGAGGUACACAAAACAUCUCAUAAAAUCAAACACUAGACACCACAUGCUUUAAAUUCAUUUGUGGACUACUAUGGAAAAAAGAAGAAUGUGAUUUUGUUGGUUUGCUCUUUUAAUUUUCACCUCUUGUACUUCAAAAAGUUUCAAAAAGGUCAUUUUUAAGAAAAAAGUUGUAUUGAGCAUGUCACUUGGUUACAAUGUCAUUCUCAACACAUACCACUAGAUUUCCUCAGUCUUUCUUGUAUUAUUUUUGUAUAAAAUGAAAAUCAAUCUUUUAAAAAAAUCAUUAUUUAUACUAUGAGAAAUAACAUGAUGAAGUAAAGGCUCUUUCUUUAAA